AUGGCGUUCAGGCGGCACUUCUCUCGCGUCGGCUCCGCCGAGCGCUGCACAGAGACCAUCUUCACUGACCACCAACGACAGGUGUGCGACUACGCGCUCGUCUACGCGGAGAAGAAGAACGACGGCGAAGCGCCGUACUCGGUCUCCUUCACCGCGACGCAGAGCGGCGACGUCAUCGUACAGCUGCACCCGCACUCGCAGCUCGAGCGCGCUGGCCGCGGUGCCAGGGGCCGUGCCGAUGCUGGACCCCGUCUCGUUGACAAGAACGCGCUGUCCGCGCGCGGCAGCGGGCCCUCGCGCCAGUCGCGCUCGCCGUCGCCCGACUCUCCGCCCGCCAAGCGGGCCGCCUCCGCUGACUCGUCCGGCUAUGAAACCGAUACGCCGGACGAGGUGCAGCAGGAGGCGGUCCGCAGGGUAUGCGGCGCGCUCGGCAUGAGGGAGCAGUUCGAGGCGGCGAUGGCGGCGGGCGAGCUGCUCGAGAUGCUCGAGAGCUUGCCGCGAGGGGCGGUCGAGGCCUCUGUCCGACAGAUGCGGGGUUACAACCGCACGGGCGAGUGGCCAGAGCCCAUUCUCACCAGCCCUGCCCCGCAGCGCGGCCGCUCGCCAAGCCCCGUCGAUGAGUGGUCAGAUGGUUAG